CCGGCGGUGGCAACGCGCUGUGCUGAUUUAUUUGCGAGGAAUCCGUUUCCGUAUAAUUUCCGUCGAUGAGGAAUAUGAGGAAAAGAAGAACAAUAUUGAAUCCCAUUCUUUUAUACGCAGUUUGAUAUUGUCAUGGGUUCCGCAUUGGUUCCAUACCUCUUUUCAUUAAUAAUUUGGAACGUACCCUGCGAUGACGGAAUGACACCUAACCUAACUUUAUUUGUCACUGUCAAAUCAGAUCAGCACGCAGCCACGCACAGCAACACAGCAUGCGAUAUGAUGGAUGUUUUCGUUGUAGAACUUAUUUUAGUGUAAACAAACAAUGAGUGUAAUAAUUUCAAGCUAUCUCAUUAAUUUCACACCCAUGCGUACCUUCGUUGUAGAAGACGGUACAAAUGAAAAAACGUAGGAUUAAUUACAAGUUUAAGCAGCAUGACUGUAGUUUCCAUAAUAAUUCCAGUACGCAAUGGCCAACAGUGGAUAAAUAACUGUUUAAAAUCAAUAGCAGAUCAAUCUAUACUGAAUUCAGAAACUGACAUCGAAAUUGUUGCAUAUAAUGAUGGAAGCAUUGAUGAAACUGAGAACUUGCUCAAACAAUGGCAGUGUUACUUUAAGGAACGUCGAAUUGAGUUAAUUUUAACUGGAUCUACAACUUCGCGAGGCGUCGGCGCCGCGAAGAAUGGGGCAGUAUCUAUGAGUAAAGGAGAAUUCCUGUGUUUUCAAGAUAUUGACGAUGUAAUGCACCCAGACAGGAUACAACUCCAAUUACUUGCUGCACAAAGUAAUCACAAUGCAAUUGUCGGCUGUAAUAUAUGUCGUGUACCUGAAGACUCUACUCCGCGUCUAGUUCGUUGGGCAAAUAAUCUCACUGAUGAACAACUGAAAUUACAAAUCUAUACUGCCAACGGCCCAACCUUGCUAAUGCCUACUUGGUUUUGUCACAGAUCUGUAUUUGAAAAAGUGGGUAGUUUUGAUGAAAGUGGCAAAGGUACUCCAGAAGAUUUAAUAUUCUUCUACUCACAUCUGGAUCUGGGGGGAGACUUGAUUAAAGUUAACAAGAAAUUACUAAUUUACACUUACCAUGAAGGUGCUGCAACAUUUUCUGUUAAAAGAGAAAUGAUUUGGCAAAUCCAGUUAGAGAGACUGCAAAAGCUUGUUUUACCAAAUUGGAAAACCUUCACUAUUUGGAAUGCUGGGAAAGCCGGCAGAAGAUUGGUUCGAGCAUUAGAUCAGGAGCAUUCAAAGAAAGUAGUUGCUUUUUGUGAUGUCGAUGAGAAGAAAAUUGGGACUACAGUUGAACUAUAUUGCCCAGUCAAGAAGUCAGUCCUAAUAAGUCUACCAGUUAUUAAUUUUUCAGAUGCAAAACCACCUUUGCUAAUUUGUGUGAAGCUAGAUAUGACUAAUGGUAUUUUUGAACAGAAUCUCAAAUCAAUGAAUCUCAGUGAAGGAUUAGAUUAUAUCCUAUUUAACUGAAAUAACUGUAAUACAUUGAUCUGUGUAGGUAGGUAUUAUGUUGAGAUUUUUUUUUCUAGUAUGUAUGUAUUACUAGUACCAUAAAAAUAUAAAACAAAUAAAUCAAAAUUCAGUAUAAUUAUUAUUAUGAAAUAAGUUCCGGUUUAAAUAACAUGAGUAAUUGAUACCAGACAGUUGAGAUUACAUUACCUACAUAUUCUAUGUUAUGAUUUAUGAUUCAGGUAAUUUAUAUAUACUUGUCUUGAACUUGGCUUGACACGCUACCGCGUUUCUAGAUACCAUGCGCGGAUCCUGGAGGGGUCAUGACCCCCCCCCCCCCCCCCCCCAGCCCCUCCAGGCCAUAUGGAGCCUAGGUUAGCCAUACAAAUUGGCCACGUGACCCCCUGGGCUUGGCACAGUCAUUUACCACGUGACCCCCUCGCCCUGGGUAUGAAGCUGGAUCCGCCCUUGAGAUACCUAGUUUGUGAAUUUUUUUUAUUUUAGGGAUUUUACAUCGUUUAGGCGUUUAUUCCGGUAAUCAAAAAAUUUCUUAUAACAAAGAAUAAAUAAAAAAUAAACAAAUGA